AUGGGUGAUCCUACUGGUGAGCCCGGAAGCUCCAUGCAUGGAGUCACCGGUAAAGAACAGAGCUUUGCCUUUUCGGUGGCUUCACCGAUGGUCUCAACCGACAAGACGGCCAAGUUUGACCUGCCGGUGGACAACGAGCACAAGGCAAAGGUUUUCAAGCUCUUCUCCUUCGCAAAUCCUCACAUGAGAACAUUCCACCUCUCGUGGAUCUCUUUCUCCACAUGUUUCGUCUCCACAUUCGCAGCCGCACCACUUGUCCCGAUCAUCCGGGAGAAUCUCAACCUCACCAAACAAGACAUCGGAAACGCCGGAGUUGCCUCGGUCUCGGGGAGUAUCUUCUCGAGGCUGGUGAUGGGAGCCGUGUGUGAUCUUCUGGGUCCUCGUUACGGCUGUGCCUUCCUUGUGAUGCUUUCUGCGCCAACAGUGUUCUCGAUGAGCUUCGUGAGUGAUGCCGGAGGCUUCAUAACGGUGAGAUUCAUGAUUGGUUUCUGCCUGGCGACGUUCGUGUCUUGCCAAUACUGGAUGAGCACUAUGUUCAACAGUCAGAUCAUCGGUCUGGUGAAUGGGACAGCCGCCGGAUGGGGAAACAUGGGCGGUGGCAUAACGCAGUUGCUCAUGCCGGUUGUCUAUGAAAUCAUUAGACGUACUGGUUCUACAGCUUUCACGGCCUGGAGGAUCGCUUUCUUUGUCCCUGGUUGGUUGCACAUCAUCAUGGGAAUCUUGGUGCUCACGCUAGGUCAAGAUCUACCAGAUGGGAACAGAGCGGCCAUGGAGAAAAGGGGAGAAGUUGUCAAAGAUAAAUUCGGAAAGAUUAUGUGGUACGCCGUUACAAACUACAGGACUUGGAUCUUCGUUCUUCUCUAUGGAUACUCCAUGGGAGUUGAGUUGAGCACUGAUAAUGUGAUCGCCGAGUACUUCUUUGACAGGAUGCUCUACUUGAGAUAUUCACUACCUUAUCUUCCUCAAACAAGGGAAUCAGCUAAGCUCUUCUCCAAGAGGCCUAACAGCGUUGUGGUUUGUGCGGCGAGAGGUCCAAGACCUCGAUCUCCUCGAGUGUGGAAAACAAGGAAGAAGAUUGGAAGCAUCUCCAAAGCUGCCAAGAUGAUUUCUUGUAUAAAAGAAUUGUCAAAUGUUAAAGAAGAAGUUUACGGAGCGCUUGAUUCCUUCAUUGCCUGGGAAUUAGAGUUCCCUAUUGUUAUAGUUAAGAAGGCAUUAGCUAUUCUUGAAGAUCAAAGAGAAUGGAAGAAGAUUAUUCAGGUGACAAAAUGGAUGCUGAGCAAAGGCCAAGGAAGAACAAUGGGAACAUACUUCUCAUUACUAAAUGCUUUAGCAGAAGAUAAUCGGCUUGACGAAGCUGAGGAGUUGUGGAACAAACUGUUCAUGCAACAUUUAGAAGGAACUCCAAGAAAGUUCUUCAACAAAAUGAUCUCUAUCUAUUACAAGCGAGACAUGCACCAUAAACUCUUCGAGGUGUUUGCUGACAUGGAGGAGCUUGGAGUGAAGCCAAACAUUGCGAUUGUGUCUAUGGUUGGGAAAGUGUUUAUGAAACUUGAGAUGACGGAUAAGUACGAGAAGCUGAUGAAGAAGUAUCCUCCACCACAAUGGGAGUUCAGAUACAUCAAAGGAAGACGUGUUAAGGUCAAGGCCAAGCAGUUAAGUGAGCUGAGCGAUGGUGAAGGUGGUGUUAGCAGUGACGAGGAUAAGACUGAUAAUGAGAUUGAGAUUAAAUCUGAAAUAUUGUCAGAUGAGGAAGCAAACCAAGAUGGUGAGGAUCUCAGUGAAGAGGAAGAAGAAGAAGAAGAAGAAAAAGAAAAAGAGCUUUUGGGUGGGAAUCAAGUACAGAUUGUAACUUCCGGACUUGGUCAUUUGGACUCUUCUUGA